AUGCAUAGGUCGAGAUGGCCGUUCCUCUGUCUCCCGAUACUGCUGGCUGCGUCAGCGUGUGGCAGCGACAUCCUCAUGAUCACCAUGGGCGGCACCAAGUCACAUAAGAUGCCGUUCUGGGAAUUAGCUAGAGGACUCAUUAGACGAGAUCACAACAUCACAUUUAUCAGUGCGUUCCCAGCAGACUUCCACGUCACAGGGUUGGAGGAGAUCGCUCCUGAGGGUCUGGUCACGUAUGUGAGGAACUACAUGUCCUUCGACCUUGUGGGCGCGAGGAUGAGGGGGGAGGACCAAAUGCCUGUUAAAGAUAUUCUUCGGUAUGGUUAUGAGGCCUGCGACGCAUUCCUCAGUGACCCUGAGACGAGGUCCUUCCUCAGAUCAGGAAGGACUUUUGAUCUCGUUAUCCUCGACGGAACCUAUCCUGAGUGCGCCCUGGGCAUCGUCUACAAACUCAAAGUCCCGUUCAUGUACAUCAACACUGUUGGUUUCUACACCAUGCCAUUGAGUAACUCUGGAAGCCCAGCACCGUACUCUGUCACUCCAUUCUUUGGCAAGGCUUUUACUGAUAACAUGGGGAUUUUUGACAGAGCCCUAAAUGCCAUCUUCCACGCUGCUAUCAUUCCCUUCCACGCCUUCAGCAUGCAGAUCCUCCAAGGAGUUUUGCGAAGAAAUUUUGGCCAGCAAAUACCUCAUGUGUAUGACAUGGCGAAGAAUGUGAGCUUCAUACUCCAGAAUGGACAUUACUCCGUGUCUUACCCAAGACCUUAUCUUCCUAAUGUAGCUGAGGUUGCCUGCAUUCAUUGUAAAGAGGCGAAACCACUUGAUCCGGAAAUCGAAGAAUGGAUAUCAGGUGCUGGUGAGACAGGUUUCGUCUACGUCUCCAUGGGAUCUUCAGUAAGGACAACGAAGAUGCCACUCUCCGCCCACCGUCUGCUGGUAGAAGCUCUGGGCAGAUUACCACAGAGGGUGCUGUGGAAGCAAGAUGUGGAACAGAACAUGACUGAUAUACCUUCAAACAUCAGGUUGUACAAAUGGCUGCCACAGCAAGACUUGCUGGGUCAUCCUAAAAUCAAAGCCUUUGUCACACACGGAGGUCUUCUGAGCAUGUUCGAGACAGUCUACCACGGCGUCCCAAUCGUUACCAUCCCCAUCUUCUGCGACCACGACUCCAAUGCUGCCAAAGCCGAAGUCGAUGGCUACGCCAAGAAACUCGACCUACAAUCCCUCACACCAGAGAAAUUAUACAAAUCUAUUCUAGAAGUAAUCACAGAACCCAGAUACAAACAAGAAGUAAAGAAAAGGCAAGUCCUCUUAAGAGAUCAGAAGGAGAGUCCAUUAGAAAGAGCCAUCUACUGGACUGAAUACGUAAUAAGGCACAAAGGAGCUUACCAUUUGCAGUCACCAGCGAAGGACAUGAACUUCUUCCAAUAUUAUUCUUUGGAUGUUUUCCUACUUAUCAUCUCAGUACUUGUAACUUCAUACGCUCUUAUUUCUUACGCGUUAAGGUUGAGUUUCAAUAGAUUAAUAAGUUACGUGCAGAAGAAACAAAUGCAUGAACUAUUGGACAAGUCAAAUAAUCUACUGACUAGUUCGAAGUUAUUAAGUCAAGCUUCGGUAACAAAGAAGAAAUUGUGA